AUGUUAGGAGAAGGCCCAGGUGAUGGUUCUCGGGUGUAUAUACCUCCUGCGGUAGAGGUUGAAGACCAAUCCGACGAUCCCGACGCUCCCGACCUACUCCCUCACCAUGUCGACACCGGUCCUACCGUACUUCCCGUCUGGUUACGGGAAUCCUCGAAAUCUUUCCGCUGGGGCUGGGUCCCUUUACCGAUUCGAAAGGCUGCUCGCACGACCGCUGAAUUUGUCAAGGGCCCAGACCCGCCAUACCCGCUCUUGUUGAACCCUCUGUUUCCCCAGAUCCAGGAACUGCCUAGGCGGUACCUGGACAAGUUUUUCCCGAAGCGCAAACAUAAGGUGUCCCUACUUCUGCUCCUAUAUUUCGCUUGGUUCCUGCCGUGGGCUAUCCUAUUUCUACAUUCUCGAUCCGCGGGUUACAUUGAAGGCUACGGGCGGCCUAUCACAUUGUCUUGCUCGAGCACCUUUUGGACACCUGGUAAUGGUUGUGGACUCAAUGGAAACGAUUGCCGUCCUUUCACCGCAGCGGCAACACCCUUCCGAUGCCCAGCCAACUGUCGGGACGCGAAAACGAUCGAACCUUACGCCUUUGGUAAUCAGACAAUCAAUUAUAGGGGACUUGUCAUCGGAGGACCUGAGCCGGGAUCGGAUGAGCCUGGCGUAUAUCGUGCCGACAGCUUCAUUUGUCAAGCCGCCCUCCAUGCAGGAGUCAUUGAUAACGAUGGUGGUUGCGGCGUGGCCCAAUUAGAAGGAGCUGCGCAUUCGUUCCAUGCAUCCAAACAAAAUGGAAUCAGCUCGCUCGGCUUUCCGUCGACCUUCCCCAAGUCUUUCAGCUUCGUCGAGCCGUCGUCAGAUGCCACUUGCCCGCAGGAUCCACGAUGGCCCCUACUAGGUAUCACUAUUGGGGCGCUCGCUGUCCUAUGGCUCUUCUGCUCGUCCCCUGCGGUACUAUUCUUGAGCACGUUCUUCAUGCUUUUUAGCCAGGUGGGAUUGGUGUCUGAUCCGCCGCCUCGGGCUGACCUGGCCGCUCUUAUGUCCAUCUUCGUCGCUCGGCUUCUUCCCGCAUCAUUCGUUGCAUUUGUCUUGUUCAGAUACUGUGCGCGACCACUCCUGACGCCUCUAUCGUCACCUAUCUAUCAGUUCAGCAAGACAUUGCUCUUCUUGCCCCCUGCGUUCUUUGGCGGUCUGAACAACUAUACUUUUGCGAGAUUGAUCCCCCUUGAGCGUCUGACGCCGCAUGAUAUUCAGCAACAACCUGGUGCGAAGCUCGCGUUAUCCAUAGUCAUUCCUACCGUCCUCGCUAUCAUCUUAACCCAAACCCAUCAAAUUCGCAUGGGUGGCUUGAUGCCACAUUACUUGAAGGUGUACGGAACGAUGGCGCUGAUCCUUCUGAUUCUACUCCCACUCCCCGGGCUUCGCCUUCGCAUUCACCAUUAUAUCCUUGCGAUCCUCUUGAUGUACGGGACGGCUUUCCCCACUCGACCGUCAUUAGUCUACCAGGGGUUGCUGCUUGGCCUCUUCAUCAACGGUAUUGCCAGGUGGGGCUUUGCUUCCAUCAUCGAAACGCCCGCUGCACUUGGCGAACAAGCACCAGGACCUGGUGGGCAGCAUGGAUGGUGGGGAGGCACCUCACCUAAUGUCAACGAUAACUCUGUCACAAUUUCCCUCCCAGAUAGGGGCUCCGGCGAGCCCUAUCAUGGCAAUGGCAACAUUACGUUCACGCUAUGGGAGCGAGAACGCAUGGACAAACUAGGUGUGGACGGAGUCUCGGUCCUAGUCAACGAUGUUGAGCGCUGGCGCGGUUACCUAGACGAGGACCCCGCGGGAGAAUUCACCUGGCAUCGCCACGGCCACGCCGGCCUCGAACUACAUCACACAUCCUCAAUUGACCGUGAUUUCGAGGUCCCACCCUCGGACCUCGAGCUCGAACAAAUCCACCCCAGCGGCGAGGACAAGCCCGAAACCCUCUUUUUUCGCUUCGCGUUCCUGAGGGGCGCCGAGGCAGGGAAUAGCAGUAGUUGUAUUCCCGUCACUUUCCACAGGUACCUUGUCUGGGUGGUGGGUACUAUUGAAGCCGAAACAGCGGGCGCACUAAUAAUGGAGCACGCAGACCCCUUUCUUCAAGUCCAAGCCGAUGUCCUCUCAACCCUCGGCACUACAAGACCCUUAUUCUCCUCAUAUCUCCGCAUCCGCUCUCUCGCAAAAUCCCCCUCAAACCCUGAGCUCCAGCAAGCGCGCUCGGAGUUAGAAACAACUCUUACAGACCUCACAGCGGACCUCGACGACCUAGUCGAGAGUGUCCGAGCCGUCGAGCAAGACCCGUACCGUUUUGGGCUAGAUAUAGAGGAAGUACAGCGCCGUCGCAAACUCGUUGACGAUGUUGGCAAGGAGCUCGAGGAUAUGAGGGGGGAGUUGGUGAAGGUUAUUACGAAUUCUGAUGCUGCUGCUGCUGGAAAAUCCAAGGGUGCAGGGCUUCCGAAUCCAGCGGAGUUCGAUGAUGAUGCUGAGGGGCAAGGAGAUGAUUACUAUGCCGAGAUGGAGCAGCAGCGGCAGAUGGAGCUUAUGCAUGAGCAGGACGAGCAGCUAGAUGGUGUGUUCCGGACGGUAGGGAAUCUGAGACAGCAGGCGGAUGAUAUGGGGAGGGAGUUGGAGGAGCAGGCAGUUAUGAUUGGGGAGAUUGACACGCUUGCGGGUCGGGUUGGGGGAAAGUUACAGAAUGGGAUGUCGAAAUUGAAGUGGGUUAUCAAGAAGAAUGAAGUGCGUCUUCCAAAUUGGGUCUUUGCUAACUAA